AUGAACAAUUUAAAAGUGGCUGUAAUUGAUUUUUUGGAGAAUGCACCAGUAUUUCCUAUUAUAGCAGGUGUAGGAUCUGCAGUAGUUUUGCUUACUAUUAUUGCCAACUGUUUGUGGGGAAAAAAAUCAAAACCUAGCAAAAAACUUGUAGCUCUUGUGGAUCCAAAUACGAAAUAUCCUCUGCCUCUUAUAGAAAGGGAAGAGAUAAACCAUGAUACAAGACGAUUCAGAUUUGGUUUGCCAUCAUCUGAGCAUGUUCUAGGAUUACCAAUAGGCCAACACAUACACUUAUCAGUUAAAAUUGAAGAUGACUUAAUUAUCAGAGCAUACACUCCAGUGUCAAGUGAUGAGGAUAAAGGUUAUGUAGAUCUUGUAAUUAAGGUAUAUUUCAAAAAUGUACAUCCGAAAUUCCCCGAUGGUGGAAAAUUGUCACAAUAUCUGGAUAAUAUGAAGAUAGGUGACACUAUUGACUUCAGAGGGCCAUCGGGCCGUCUCCAAUAUGCUGGCAAGGGUACUUUCUUGAUAAAAAAACUGAGGAAAGACCCACCUGUUGCGGUUAAUGUCAAGAAAUUAAACAUGAUUGCAGGAGGAACUGGUGUCACUCCAAUGUUACAACUCAUUAGACACAUAUGCAAGGAUUCAAAUGAUAACACAGAAUUGAGGUUGCUUUUCGCUAAUCAGACAGAGGAUGAUAUUUUGUUGAGGGAUGAAAUUGAAAAAUACCAGAGGGAACAUCCUGCACAGUUCAACUUUUGGUACACACUAGACAGACCGAAGGAAGGAUGGAAGUACAGUACUGGGUUUAUUAAUGAAGAGAUGAUCAAAGAACACAUGUUUCCUGCUAGCAAUGAUGUCAUUGUCCUCAUGUGCGGACCCCCGCCUAUGAUUAACUUUGCUUGUAAUCCAGCGUUAGAUAAAUUAGGCUUUAGUGAAACUCAACGGUUUGCAUAC